UUAGGGGGGUGGUUUUCGGUUGACUUGGCAAGCGAACCCGCGCCCCGAUAGGUGUGUAGUCCAGCGUGGUGGGGCCGGAUCUCUGUUGCUCACAAUGAAUAGGAGAGUUCAGAGUAGAAGCGUGAGGGGGAGGGGGUUGCAUGCACAUGCAGCAGCAGGGAAGAAAGGUGCUGGUUCGACAGGUGCCUACUGGUAGUGCAUAUGAAACCAGUGUAUUUGACGAGAGCGUGUCGGUAGCUGAGUAGUUUGGACGACUGUUGCAGUUGGGCGGGACGAGCGCGUGCAGCUGCGAGCUUCUCUUCACGUAGCACUGGACUCGGGGCGGCGACGCCAUCACGAUGAAGCAGGGGCUGCUCCUUAGCUUGCUCCUCAUCCUAGUCGCCUGCACCUGUCUACCCGGGCGCCCCGCUAGAGCAGAUGAGUCGGGUAGCGAUGGGGCGGCGAAUUCUCCCGAUGCUGCGCCUCCGAAGUUGGAGAGCGAUCUGGCCGCGGUUCCCGAUGCGUUGACGACAGAUCACCAGACAGCGGAACGGGAGGCCGAAUCGAUUUCACGAUCGAGAGCGAGAGGAGAGAAAUUCGAAUUCCAAGCGGAGGUGUCUCGAUUGAUGGACAUUAUCAUCAACUCUCUGUAUAGCAACAAGGAUAUCUUCUUGAGAGAACUCAUCUCGAACGCCUCGGACGCUCUUGAUAAGAUUCGCUUCCUAUCCUUGACGGAUAAAAAUGUGCUCGGAGAAGGAGAUACCGCCAAGCUCGAGAUUCAGAUCAAACUGGACAAAGACAGAAAUAUCCUCAUUAUCCGCGAUCGGGGUAUUGGAAUGACAAAGGAAGAUUUGAUCAAGAAUCUUGGAACAAUUGCCAAGUCUGGAACCUCUGCUUUCCUGGAGCAGAUGCAGAAAGGUGGUGACUUGAACCUCAUUGGCCAGUUUGGCGUCGGCUUUUACUCUGUCUAUCUUGUGGCUGAUAAGGUCGAGGUUAUCAGCAAACAUAACGAUGACAAGCAGUACAUUUGGGAAUCCAAGGCAGAUGGAGGGUUCACUGUUCUUGAGGAUACUGAGGGUGAAGCACUUGGCCGUGGUACUGAGAUCAGGAUCCAUUUGAAAGAUGAUUCACUUGAAUACGGUGACGAACAAAAGCUUAAGGAAUUGGUUAAGAGGUACUCGGAGUUCAUUAACUUCCCCAUCUACAUGUGGGCCAGUAAGGAGGUGGAUAAGGAGGUCCCUGUUGAAGAUGAAGAGGCAACCGAGGUUGAUGAAGGGGAGGAAGCAGAGGCUAAAGACAAGUCGGACGAGGCAGCAGACGAGGGCGAAGAGGAAGAGGGAGAGGGUGCUGACAGCAAGUCCAAGACGAAGAGUGUGAAAGAGACUGUGUGGGAAUGGGAGCUUCUGAACGACGUCAAGGCAAUUUGGCUCAGGAAUCCCAAAGACAUUUCGGAAGAUGAUUACGUCAAGUUUUAUCAGUCCAUGGCAAAGGAUGUCAGUGGUGAUAAGCCCCUCUCGUGGACGCACUUCAAUGCAGAAGGAGAUGUGGAGUUCAAGGCGGUGCUGUACAUUCCGCCACGUGCUCCGUAUGAUCUUUACGACAACUACUACAGCACAAAGCCGGCUCUCAAGCUCUAUGUCCGGAGAGUCUUCAUUUCAGACGAGUUUGAUGAGUUGCUUCCCAAGUACCUCAGCUUCAUCAAGGGCCUGGUGGACUCAGAUACUUUGCCAUUGAAUGUGUCGAGAGAGAUGCUCCAGCAACAUGGCAGCCUGAAGACAAUCAAGAAGAAGUUGAUUAGGAAGGUUCUUGAUAUGAUAAGAAAGAUCGCAGAAGAGGAUGAAGAUGAAAGGAAGAAGAUGGAUGAAGAAGAAGCUGAGGCUGAGAAGAAAAACGAGGAAAGCAAGAGUGACAGCAAGGGGAAAUAUGGCAAGUUCUGGAAGGAGUUUGGCAAAGCAAUGAAGCUGGGUGUCAUUGAAGAUCCUUCCAAUCGUGUCCGUCUUGCAAAGCUGCUCCGCUUCCACAGUUCUAAGUCUGGUGACAAGUUGACAAGCUUGGAGGAGUAUGUAUCAAGAAUGAAGAAGGGCCAGAAGCAGAUCUACUACUUGACAGGGCAGAGCAAGGAUCAGCUGGAGAAAUCACCCUUCCUGGAGAAGCUGUUGAAGAAGGGUUACGAGGUGUUCUACUUCACGGAUCCUCUGGACGAGUACUUGAUGCAGAACUUGACAGAGUUUGAUGACAAAAAGUUCCAAGACGCAUCAAAAGAAGAUCUGAAGCUCGGCGAGAAGGGGACAGCGCAGAAGAAGAAGGAGAAGGCUGUUCGUGAGGAGUUCAAGAAACUGACCACCUGGUGGAAGGAUCUCCUCGGCGAGAAGUCGGUGGAAUCAGUGAAAGUCAGCAAUCGGUUGUCUGAGACGCCAUGCGUUGUUGUGACAUCAAAGUUCGGGUGGUCUGCCAACAUGGAGCGCAUUAUGAAGGCACAGGCCCUGUCGGACGAGUCUAAACAGUCCUACAUGAAGGGAAGGAGGACGUUGGAGAUCAACCCCAGGCAUCCAUUGGUGAAGCAGCUGAAGGAGAAAGUCGCUGAGGACCCAGAUGAUGUCAAUGCCAAGGCGUCUGCGCGGUUGAUGUUUGAUGCGGCCCUUCUGGAGAGCGGUUUCCUUUUGGAAGAGCCCAAGGACUUUGCUGCUCGGUUCUAUGACGUCUUGAAGAAAACCUUGGAUGUGGACCCCGAUGCAACUGUGGAGCCUGAUGACGAGCCUGCAGAGCAGGAGGAGACAACAAGUGGAAAUGAGGAGGAUUCGGCCUCGAAGGACAAGAGGGAUCCGGCAGACGAGGAGUCUACGGAACCUGCAGAGGAGCAGCAGGCUGCCGAACCCGAAGCGGAAGCCGAAGGGGAUGCAGAUGAUGACGAAAGCGCAGUGAAGGAUGAGCUAUGAUCCAGGUCUGGUUGUGGCGGAUGGUGUGGAGAGAUGCAGGUGCAAGUCCUCGCUCUGUGUGGCACUUUCUUUUCUGUUGCAUUGGUCGGAUGAUGACUGCGUGUUCUGGUUAUCAUGCGGAGGGGUGUGUGGUCGUCCUCAUAGGCCUUUUUUCGUUCUAUUUUUUGAAGGGGGAAUGAGGAAAGAGAUCGCAGCUGAGUUAUUGAUGGGGGUGAAGCCCUGUCAAGCACAUUCUUUUGAUUUUUUUGGGGUGGGGGGUUAAGGUUGGGUGGUGUGUGACUUCAAAUGUUUGGAGGCUGGAGACUGUCUGUCUCUUGCUCCUCGUUAUGCAGUUAAGUUAGUGGAUGCGAGCGGGCUGGAUGUGGUGUUUCGGAAGUCUGUUUUUCUGGAGAGAUCUCCAGUGAGAUGUUUUUUUGUUCGGGCAGCCCAUUUAGUGUGAAUGGUACGUGAAAUGUCUGUUGCCUCUCUUCUAUAUGUCCUUGUGAAAGACUGGGCAAAGUGGAACUCAUCACAGGAAGCGAUUCAAUGUUUCCUUUUUCUGCCCUUUCCGUGAAGGCUUUCAGCGGUCAUUGCUUUACUGUCAG